AUGACCCCCACAAACCAUAUGCACAUGACCGUCGUCCUCUCCGUCUGCAUCCCCAUAGUCGCCCUGCUCAUAAUAUGGAUAACCCUCUACUUCCUCAAACGGAGAUGGAAGUCCCGUCAAGCGCCUUCACAGAUGUUCGCUACUUCUGAUGCGGUACGCUCUGGGAGUAUUUCACAUAAGUUGGGACUGGGGCAUUGGGUGAGGUUGAGGUGGCCGCAAGGGUGGGGAUCGGGUAGGAAGGACAUCGUCACGCCUUAUCAACUGCCAGAGAUAAGAGAGGAGAGCGAGUCGAGCAGUUCACGCCCAGAGCAGGACCAUCACUCGCAGUCCCAAUCCCAAUCAGCAUCCCAGUCCCGCACCUAUUCCCAAACCCACUCCCAUCUCUCUCCCUCCCAACCAACCCCAUCGCACACCCAAUCCCAGUCCCAAUCCCAAUCGCACCUCGCCCCCCCAUCCUCGACCUACACACAUUCCUCCCUCACGCACGCCCACUCCCACCCCCAAGGACAAGGGCAAAUAACGUUCGACCCCUCCCUCGCCUCACGCCCUCCCCAACCCCCACCCCAGCCCGCACCCCCCCCCUCCGCCCCGUCCGAGCCCUCCCCAACCCUGCUAGCCGCCCAAACAGCACUCCUAGACACCUACUCCCCUAUCUUCUCCCGGGGGGGAGCAGGUCUGCUGCCGCCGUUGGCUCUUACCCGCGAGCCCGGAACUGGACCUGGACCUGGACCGGGGGCAGGGGCAGGGGCGGGGACGAGGACGCAAGACAGCGCAAACCCAAACGCAAGACCGAGAGAGAACGUCCUGCGACAUCAUACCUAUCCUGGGCCUGUACUUUCCCAAACAGGAAGACGAGCCCGGACUGGGAAAGAGGGGAAGGGAGGGCGGGGGGAGAAGGGAUGGUCACCUGAGGGGUUGGUGCCGCUGUUGGAUGGGGCUGGGAUUGCUGGGAGUGAUGCUGCGAGUGGGUCGGGAGUGGGGGUGAGUGGGGCAGCGGGGUCACCCCCUUCUGCAAUCUCUGCCUUGACCCCCGGGAGCUUAAGACAAAGCGGGACGUUCAUCCUUGGCGCUUCUCCGACGUAUGGCUAUACCAACGGCAUCGGCUACAGCUCCAACAUCAAUGGUCUCAACGGUCUGAGUCCUAUCGCAAGGGAAGUGACACCUGCCUAUGGCUAUACAGGCUAUACAGGCUACACACAAGCACAGGGACAGGGACAAGCACAGGGACAAGCACAGGGACAGGGAUACACCCAAAGGAGAGAUAUCAAACAUCUCUCGCUCUGGUCCCGAUGGGACGAUCCAACCUCUCCCAGUGCCAGUGCCUCCCACACUGCCUCCCACCCUACUAGUACUAGUGCGGUCAACCCUGGCACUGGAAAUGGCACUGGCUCGCCAUACAGCGCUUAUCCGCUCAAACCUGAGUUCCCGUCGCCGGUUUGGACACCCCAGAGUGCUGGUGCUGGGAGUGGGCAGAGUCCGAGGGACGGCAGGGAGAGGGAGAGGGAGAAGGAAAGGGAAGGGGGAAAAAGACAGAGCAGGGCGUUCAUCCUUGGGGGGUCGCCUGUUCUGCCCUUGGGAUAUGGACAGUCGCAGUCGCAGGGGCAGGGGCAGGGGCAAGGGCAGGAUCCGUUCGGUCUUGGCCUCCCCGGAGCCCCCGGACCCCCCGGAGGCCCCGGAGCCUCUGGAGGCCUUGGUCCUGGAGGAGGCAGACGCGCAUCAGAAUUCUUGAACCAGAGUGAGGGGGGAACGUUGAUCCUUAACCCUCUCCCUCCUCACCCGCUCCCUCCUCCUCUUCCUCUUCUGCCUAUUCUGCCUCGGCUGGGGAUGAUGGAUCCUGAUACCUCUCAUGGAAUUGGGAACGGAAUUGGGAAUGGGAAUGGGAGUGCACAGGCGCAGGCGGGGGAAACGUACACCCGUGUAGGACGGCCUAGCCUGCCUAGGCUGGAUACGGGGCAACAUUCCCACCCACACCCGCACCCUCAGUCCCAGCCGCACUCCCACCCGCAUCCAUACGCCCACCCGCCUGCCCACACGGCAACGACCUACCAGCCUAGCCCACUCCCCUCCACCAGGCCAGAAAGCGCCAGCGGCAGCGGCAGCCCCUUCCUCUCGCACGUCCAAUCCCCGUCCUACAGCUCCAGCCCCGGCCAACCGCCCACUCACACUCAAACAAGCCCCUCCCCCUCCCUCCUCUCCCCUCCCUCUAUCCCCUCCCUUCCCUCCAAAUCGACAAGCUCCCCCAACUCCCAACCCCCACACACACACGCGCGCCAACGGUCCUCCUCAUACUCCACCCGAAGCGGGGAAGAGAAGAGUUCCCAGCGAAGGCCAAGAGGUAGCAGGAGCAGGGCCAGAAAAGGCGAGGAAGGACUGAGGGAGAGACGGAAUAGGCCUAAGACGCCUGAGCCGCCGCCGCCUUAUGCGCCUGCGGGAUCUGGGUAA